AUGUCUCAGAUGAAGUAUCUGAUCGAGGUCGAGAAAGGCCAGCCUGCCAAGGACGGGAAGCCGUCGAUCGGACCUGCUUACCGCAGUAUUUUCGCCAAGGAUGGAUAUCCUCCUCCUAUUCCCGGAUUGAACAGCUGCUGGGACGUUUUCCGCAUGAGCGUGGAGAAAUAUCCAAACAACCCUAUGCUCGGCCGCCGGGAGAUUGUGGACGGCAAGGCCGGAAAGUAUGUGUGGCAGACGUACCAGCAAGUCUACGACAUAGUUAUCAAAGUCGGAAAUGCGAUUCGCAGCUGCGGUGUUGAACCGGGAGCGAAAUGUGGAAUCUAUGGCGCCAACAGUGCAGAAUGGAUUAUCAGCAUGGAGGCUUGCAAUGCUCAUGGACUGUACUGUGUCCCAUUAUACGACACCUUAGGUGCUGGUGCUAUCGAGUACAUUCUUUGUCAUUCGGAGAUUUCAAUUGCUUUUACAGAAGAGAAAAAGAUUCCUGAGCUAUUGAAAACAUUUCCUAAUGCAACCCAACAUCUGAAAACAAUUGUGAGUUUUGGUAAGGUAACUCCCGAGCAGAGACAGGAGAUUGAAAAGUAUGGCUUGUCAGUCUAUUCUUGGGAAGAAUUUGGCAAACUGGGAGAGAAUAAAGAGUACGACUUUCCAGAGAAGAAGAAAAGUGAUAUAUGUACAAUUAUGUAUACUAGUGGAACAACUGGUGAUCCAAAGGGAGUUAUGAUUUCUAAUCUCAACAUCAUUACUCUUAUAGCUGGGGUCAAGCGGGUGCUAGAAUGUGUGGAUGAAAAGCUGACCUCAAAGGAUGUAUAUCUGUCAUACCUUCCUCUUGCUCAUAUCUUUGAUCGAGUGAUUGAGGAAUUAUUUAUUUUUCAUGGGGCAUCCAUAGGCUUCUGGCGAGGGGAUGUCAAGCUAUUGGUUGAAGACAUUGGAGAGUUAAAACCAUCCAUCUUCUGUGCCGUUCCCCGUGUGCUUGACAGAAUAUAUGGAGGCUUGACUCAGAAGAUCUCUGCGGGGGGCUUGUUGAAGAAGACAUUGUUCAAUUUUGCUUACUCUCACAAACUGAGUAAUUUAAAAGGCGGGAGUAAGACAGACGAGGCAUCUCCACUCAGCGACAAGCUCGUCUUCAGCAAGGUAAGGCAAGGGUUGGGAGGAAAUGUGCGGCUAAUCCUAUCUGGAGCAGCACCACUCGCCAGCCAUGUGGAAGCUUACCUUCGAGUCGUCACAUGUGCCCAUGUUCUACAAGGAUACGGUCUCACAGAGAGCUGUGCUGGAAGCUUCGUGUCAUUGCCAAAUGACAUGUCCAUGCUUGGCACCGUAGGUCCUCCAGUGCCAAACGUUGAUGUCCGCCUUGAAUCGGUUCCCGAAAUGAAUUACGAUGCUCUCUCCAGCACGCCUCGCGGUGAAAUCUGCAUCCGUGGCGACACCCUGUUUUCUGGCUACUACAAACGUGAUGAUCUCACUGAGGAAGUCUUGAUUGAUGGAUGGUUCCACACUGGCGAUGUUGGUGAAUGGCAGCCCGAUGGAAGCAUGAAAAUCAUUGACAGGAAGAAGAAUAUCUUCAAGCUCUCACAGGGAGAGUACGUUGCCGUGGAGCACCUUGAGAACAUCUAUGGCGGAACCCCUGGAAUCGAUUCGAUUUGGGUUUAUGGGAACAGCUUCGAGUCGUACCUUGUUGGGGUGGUGAAUCCGAACAAGCUAGCGCUUGAGAAAUGGGCUGAAGAGAACGGUAUCAGCGGUGACUUCAACUCCCUCUGCGAGAACCCAAAGGCCAAAGAACACAUACUCCAGGAACUCUCCAAGAUAGGGAAAGAGAAGAAGUUGAAAGGAUUCGAGUUCCUGAAAGCUGUACACCUUGAUCCAGAACCUUUCGACAUGGAGCGCGAUCUCCUAACUCCAACGUACAAAAAGAAGAGACCCCAGCUCCUCAAAUAUUACCAGAACGUUAUCGACGAAAUGUACAAGAGCAUCAACCGCAAGUGA